CCCUCGGGCUCGCCAGAACCUCUCCCAGGGUUUGGGCACAGCCGAGUCUUGCGCCCUGCCGCCGCCCCCGGGUCCCGGACGAGAAGGAACUGCCGGGCGGCCGCGGGCGGGGAGCAGGGCCCGGGGCGCGCACAGACCUGGGCGCUGCGGGGGCUCGGCAGCGGAGUUCCCCCGCGGGGGCGGCGCGCCGGGCGGGGACGGGGUCCGAGCGCCAGGAGGUCCGGCGGCGAGCGUGACCUCACGGGGAGGGGCCAGCGCGGCGGCCCGGGCGCGGAGCCGAGCGCCGACAGCGCAGCGCCGGAGCCCAGCGGCCGGGAGCGCACGCCGGGGCCCCGAUGGAGCGGUACAAAGCACAGGGGUGUUGCUGUCUGGUGGUACAGAGAAGGAUCCUGCAGGUUUCUGCUUCCCUGGAGCAGCUGUUGACAGAGCUGGAUGACUUCCUCAAGAUUCUCGACCAAGAGAACCUGAGCAGCACCGCUGUGGUCAAGAAGAGUGGCCUGGCUGAGCUCCUCCGGCUUUACACCAAAAGCAGCAGUUCCGAUGAGGAGUACAUUUAUAUGAACAAAGUGACCGUCAACAGGCCACAGAAUGCGGAGUCCCAAGACAAAGCACCUGAGGAGCAGAACCCACUGCCCAACGGGGAGCCUGGCCAGCACUCCCUGGCCCCUCAGAAGAGCCUUCCAGACCUCCCGCCACCCAAGAUCAUUCCAGAGCGGAAGCAACUCUCCAUCCCCAAGAUUGAGUCUCCAGAGGGUUACUAUGAAGAGGCUGAGCCAUACGACACAUCACUCAACGGUCACUGUGGUGGAUUCUCGCCCACUGGAAUCCCCAGAUGGGUCCAGGUGCCCGACGGAGUCAUUUACGCCACGAUCACCUUGGAGGACGGAGAGGCAGUGAGCAGCUCCUACGAGUCCUACGACGAAGAGGAAAACAGCAAGGGCAAGUCGGCCCCCUAUCAGUGGCCGUCGCCUGAGGCCGGCAUCGAGCUGAUGCGCGACGCCCGCAUCUGUGCCUUCCUGUGGCGCAAGAAGUGGCUGGGACAGUGGGCCAAGCAGCUAUGCGUCGUCAAGGACACCAGGCUCCUGUGCUACAAAUCCUCCAAGGACCACAGCCCGCAGCUGGACGUGAACUUGGUGGGCAGCAGCGUCAUCCACAAGGAAAAGCAAGUGCGGAAGAAGGAGCACAAGCUAAAGAUCACGCCCAUGAACGCCGAUGUGAUCGUGCUCGGCCUGCAGAGCAGGGACCAAGCAGAGCAGUGGCUCAGGGUCAUCCAGGAGGUGAGUGGCCUGCCUGCAGAAGGAGCGCCCGAGGGAAAUCAGUACACCCCAGACGCCCAGCGCCUGAGCGGCCCGAAACCAGAUGUAACGGAGAAGUACGGGUCGGCCCCGGAACAUGGGAGCUCCGUAGAUGGCCACCCUGAGGUCCCAGAGGCCAAAGAUGUCAAGAAGAAAUGUUCUACUGGCCUCAAACUGAGCAACCUAAUGAAUCUGGGCCGGAAGAAGUCUACCUCGCUGGAGCCUCCGGACAGGUCCCUCGAGACAUCCAGCUACCUGAACGUGCUGGUCAACAGCCAGUGGAAGUCCCGCUGGUGCUCCGUCAGGGACAGUCACCUGCACUUCUACCUGGACCGGAACCGGAGCAAGGUGGCCCAGCAGCCCGUCAGCCUGCUGGGCUGUGAGGUGGUCCCAGACCCGAGCCCCGACCACCUCUACUCCUUCCGCAUCCUGCACCACGGCGAGGAGCUGGCCAAGCUCGAGGCCAAGUCUUCCGAGGAAAUGGGCCACUGGCUAGGCCUCCUGCUCUCUGAGUCAGGCUCCAAGACAGACCCGGAGGAAUUCACCUACGACUACGUGGAUGCUGACAGGGUGUCCUGUAUCGUGAGUGCGGCCAAAACCUCUCUGCUACUGAUGCAGAGGAAGUUCUCAGAGCCAAACACUUACAUCGAUGGCCUGCCCAGCCAGGACCGCCAGGAGAUGCUGUAUGACGACGUGGAAGUGUCGGAGCUGACGGCCAUGGUGGAAACGCUCGAAGCCGCCCCUGUGACAGACGCUCUGAGCGAGCCCCCGCCGGACCGAGUAUACCUGGACCUCACACCUGUCAAGUCCUUUCUGCACAGCCCCAGCAGUGCACAGACCCGGGCCCACUCCCCACUGCCAUCCCACCUGGACCCCCCAGCCGAGGCUCUCCCUGCAGACCCGGGCCCUGCCCCAGAUGAGCCCCUCGGAGAGCCUCCAGAGAACCCCAAGCUGCAGCAGACGCGGCAGGAGAGUCCGGAGUCUGAAGAGCCUUCCGGGAGACUCACGACCGUCAAAAUCCAGACCGAACAGCAGAAGAUCUCCUUCCCAUCGAGCUGCCCCGACACUACGGCCGUCCCCCCAGCGGGGGCCAGCCCGCCUGUGAAGGACAAGCUGAGGGUGACCACUGCAGAGAUCAAACUGGGCAAGAAUAGGACAGAAGCCGAGGUGAAGCGGUACACAGAGGAGAAGGAGAGGCUCGAGAAGAAGAAGGAAGAAAUCCGGGGGCACCUGGCUCAGCUCCGGAAAGAGAAACGGGAGCUGAGAGAGACCCUGUUAAAAUGCACAGACAAGGGAGUCCUGGCCAGCCUGGAGCAGAAGCUGAAGGAAAUCGACGAGGAGUGCAGGGUCGAGGAGAGCAGGCGUGUGGACCUCGAGCUCAACAUCGUGGAGGUGAAGGACAACCUGAAGAAGGCAGAGGCCGGGCCCGUGACGCUGGGCACCACUGUGGACACCACCCACCUGGAGAACGUGAGCCCCCGGCCCAAGGCUGCCACCCCCACCCCUGCCCCCGACUGCACCCCGGUCAACUCUGCCACCGCGCUCAAGAACAGGCCUCUUUCGGUCAUGGUCACGGGCAAAGGCACCGUCCUCCAGAAAGCGAAGGAAUGGGAGAAGAAAGGAACAAGUUAGGCAACGAGUUUCAUCUAAAGACUUUUCCUGCCAUCGUGGACCUUGGUGACAAUCCUGCUUCAUUAAAGUCUCUUUGUUCAGAAGAAAAAAGGACUAUGGUACUACAGGUGGAGAGCACUGUCCGUCUUCAGAGCCAAAGGAAAUAAUGUAUAACAACAAAAAGAGGGCUUCUCUGGAGACCUAGGUCUACUGAGUGGAAACAAUCCAUUGUUGUAUUCAGGUGUAUUCUGUGUUUCUUCUUUGGAGUUUUCAUCAACUGCUGUAUCAAGCUUUGUAAGUAGCGAAAAGCUUCUGAUGGUGAGACUUUGGUGGGAAAGAAGUCAAGGUAGCAGGACCCUGACCCACUGGUCGUGUGGCUUUGGUGACCGAGAAGACCUGCACUCUGGACUGUCACCUCUCAUCCAAGGGUCUUCUCUCCAACAUUAGCAAGUCCUACUCAGUCUUUCGUGGUUUUAAAACAGCCUCGAUACCACCUGUGUAAAGCCAUCCGUGACAUGUUUUGAAAAAACAGGAACAGGGGAGAAUAUUUGGGACCAAGCUGAGGUGAGGUCCCCACUAAGUUCAGGACUUUUUUUUUUUUUUUUUCCAGCCUCAAGCAGGCCUGAAUCAAUUGCUUUUAAAUAAAAUUUUAAGUGAUGCUGUGUUAUAUAGGGGGAAAAAAAUGUUUAAAAUCCUGUAAUUUAGAACAGCGAAAAGUGUCUUUUUGAGAUUUGAAAGUAUCUUUUUGAGAUCGGACUUUUUACGUUACCAUAGGAGAAAAGAUGACCCAGCGUUUACAGAUUCCGUCCUGUGGCCAGGCCAUUUUUAAGGGAAAAGUUAUUUAAGUUCUGCGUAAUGUCCAGGCCCCUUCCGUGAAGAAGGUGGCGAAUUUUGUUUCGGGGUGACUCUCUCUCCUCUUAAAAUUGGCAGUGCUGUUCUUCUGUGUCUUCUCUUCUGAUGUGUCUGUUGUUAACACCGAUUGAAACAUUUCAUCUGUCAUUUCUGCCUCGUUUCGGGGGCGGGGUGGGGGGCGGUGAUCAAUCAGCGUUCUCUAACACUGGUUCCUGAGAACUAAAAUUCUUCUGAUUUCUACAGUCUUUCUAAUCCCAGGGCAUUUAUUUCCUUUGUGCUAUAUACGCUUGGUGCCCUUUACCAAGUGAUGAGUUCGAUUUUUUUUUUUUUUUUUUUUUUUUAAUAAAACGUUAAUUGUAUUUUGGGUUUUUCCUUGUUAUUUCACGGAAUUAUUUGGGGCAGUGCCUGGUGACUUCUGCCUCAAGGGGGCAACGUCUUGGUUAUUUACCUACUAGACUUGAAACUACGUGCAGUAAAAACUGAUGGCAGUGUGAUCCCAGCGUCAGUAAGGCUAAAAAGGAUUUUAAAGGAAACCUGUGUGAUCGGUUUCUGCAGAUACACGACUGAAAAUCAAUACGCCCGGAAGUUAAACACACUCCUAAAUCAUGCUUGGGGCAAAGAAACGGACCGAUACUUGGAAGGUUGCCUAAGGAGCGAAAAGUUCCAUGCGUGAAUGCGCUUAUUUUAAAAAGCACAAAAUCUGGCUCGUUGAAAUCGCUAAUAAAAAGACAACGUAAAAGGCCCUUAAGUUGGAAGAGUAUGUCUUUUCCGUUUUGUCAAGUUUUAGCGUAGUUCUGAUGCCAAAAAUCCAACACAAAUCACCAAAGAAAAACCAAAUCUCAUUUUUGGGGACAAAAAUGAAAAAAACCCCGAAUAUUGGCAAGUGAAAUUCAACAGUGUUUAAAGACUCAUGCAGCAUGACCGGGUCAUGUUUAUCCACGGAAGCAACGGUGGUUCAACGAUUAAAACUAUACUAAUGGGCCAUUUAUGAUAUGAACAGAUUAAAUGUGAAAAAGAACAUUAUCUCAAAGGAAACAGAAGAGCAUACCACAAAUCUCAAUACUCCUAAUAAACACUCUUCAUAAUCCAGGAAUAGAAAGAAGUAUUCCUAACCUGAUAAAGUAAUCCACAAAAAUAACACAUCAUGAUGGGAGAUCGCUUCAGGUCCAAAAACAGAUACCACUACUCUUUAAAACAUUAUUCUGGAGGUCCCUAGACAAUGCAAAACGACAUGAGAAGGUACUAGCACAAAUAUCAAAAGGAAGAAAUACGACUGAUUAUUUACAAAUACCUUUCUAGAAAAGCAAAUUAACAACAGGAGUAGAGCGUCUAGCAAGGUGGCUGCAAUCAGGAUCAUUCAGAAAAUAAAAUUUAUGACCUAUU